ACGCACACUUUCUUGUAACAGAGACUUCUACUGCGCGAUCCUUUAGGUGCACAACAAUAUCCGCACCUUCUGCGAUCACCAUGGCCACACAGAACAAGAUUGAGUACACGGAGGACGUCAAAGCCGACCCCUUCACCCUGCCAGAGUACACAGUCCCUCAGCCGGACAGCGCUCCGUCUCCAGCACACUCCACUGUCGCCUCCCCACACGAGGAGAGAUAUCAGGAGACUGCUGACGACGAGUCUUCUGAUCCCGAAGAGCGCAGCUCGGAAACCCUCCAGUCCGAUGGUGGCAAAGCGCUGAAGAUGCUGGGGACGGGCGUUGUUGCGAUCGUCCUCCCACCGGUGCUCAUCGCCGGAGCAGCGGUCGCGUCGGUCGGCGUAAUGAUCUACGGCUGCGGGAAGCUUCUCGAGGGUAUUGGGAAGGGGCUCGCUGUGGGGCCCGAGACAGCAUACAAGGCGGGCGUGAAGCCGCAGGUGAAGAGGCUUAAGCGGGGUUUCGGGGUUGACGAUUCGAAGAAGGACGCUCGGGGACCGAUAUCCAUCUGAAGAAAUGGAUGUUGAAUACUUACCGCAGGCGCACGAGAAUGCGCGUUAUCCUGGCUGAAUUGUAGUAUCACGGUUCUGUAUGAAAGGAGGACGUCUACGACUGCAUGUAACUGGCUACGUAGCAUGCUGCGUAUACAUGUAUUCGAUUGACGGUGAAGCUCCCCAAACUCUGCACGUGGGCAGCUACGAAGUUGUAUAACUGCGCGUCGGCAACGGCACACUGUAGCUGAAGCGCCCUUCUGCAGGAUUCGGCGGAGCUUGUAAGGGGGAAAUGACCUAUCUUGAGGAUGUCGAGUGCUAGGAAGUAGUAUCCUGUCAUACU